GGCUGUGCCGCGCCUGCGCUGCAGGGCCGGGGCCGUGACCGCGCACCGUGUGCGCAGCUGUCGCUGCUGCGUGGGGCCGCAGAUGGAGCCUCCCCCCGGCACCGCAGGAAAUUCUAAGCUGAGACAUGUAGAAAAAGAUGUUUUGAUUCCACAAAUAAUGAGGGAUCGAGCCAAGGAGCUGUGUUCAGAUAAGGUGCAAGCAUUUACCAAAUGCUGUCAAGAAACUGGUAUUCUGAUGGUGGUGAAGUGUCGGCAGGAGAACACAGCACUGAAGGACUGUCUGGUUGGCUACUAUUCUGAUCCAUCAUUCUAUGAAGAAUGCAAAGCAGAAUAUUUGAAGCAAAGAGAAGAAUACAGAGCAACUGGAAUUAAGAAAAAAAGACAGAGGUUUACUCAAAAUGUGUGAUUAAAACUUAAAAUGAACUUUUUAAAAUACGCAAUUUGCAUUUCACUUGAUUUAAACAGACAAAUUGUCUGUACCACUCUGUGUGGAGUUCAACUGAAAUACACAAAAUGAGAUGGAGAAUAAAAUAAUGUCUGAAAUUAA